AUGGAGUGGACGACGGUGCAGCAUCUGGAUCUACGACAUGUCGGACGUAGUUCAAAACCAUUGCAGCCUCAUGCUGCCGCAUUUCACCCCCAUCAGGCCCUCGUAGCCGUCGCCAUCGGCAACUACAUCAUCGAAAUGGAUGCAUUGACAGGAUGCAAGAUUUCAUCUAUUGAUAUUGGUACACCUGUUGUCCGCAUGUCUUAUAGUCCCACAAGUGGGCAUUCUGUUGUAGCGAUCCUUGAGGACUGUACCAUUCGCUCUUGUGAUUUUGAUGCUGAGCAAACUUGUGUCUUGCAUUCACCUGAGAAAAAGACAGAGCAAAUUUCUUCUGAUACAGAAGUCCAUUUGGCUUUGACACCUCUCCAACCCGUAGUGUUUUUCGGUUUCCACAAAAGAAUGAGUGUCACAGUUGUUGGAACUGUUGAAGGAGGAAGAGCGCCAACAAAAAUAAAGACAGACUUGAAAAAACCUAUUGUCAAUCUUGCAUGCCACCCUCGCCACCCUGUCCUGUAUGUGGCUUAUGCAGAUGGUUUGAUUCGAGCCUACAACAUUCACUCCUAUGCUGUUCAUUACACCUUACAAAUUGACAACACUAUAAAGCUCAUGGGUGCUGGUGCAUUUGGUUUCCACCCAACAUUGGAGUGGAUCUUUGUUGGUGAUCGACGGGGUACGCUGCUCGCAUGGGAUGUGUCAACUGAGAGACCUAAUAUGAUUGGAAUUACACAAGUGGGUUCCCAACCAAUAGCUUCAGUUUCUUGGCUCCCAAUGUUGCGGUUACUUGUAACUGUGUCCAAGGAUGGAACUCUUCAAGUGUGGAAAACACGGGUUAUAAUUAAUCCUAAUAGACCUCCAAUGCAAGCAAAUUUCUUUGAGCCUGCUGCAAUUGAAUCUCUUGAUAUCCCUCGCAUCCUUUCUCAGCAGGGUGGAGAAGCAGCUUACCCUUUACCACGAAUCAAAACUCUAGAAGUUCACUCAAAAUUAAAUUUAGCAGCACUUCUGUUUGCAAAUAUGACAGGUGGAGACAAUGUGAAAAAUAGGGCUGCAUACACUAGGGAAGGAAGGAAACAACUGUUUGCAGUUUUGCAAGGUGCAAGAGGAUCUUCAGCAUCUGUUUUGAAAGAAAAGCUUUCAGCUUUGGGUUCAUCUGGAAUAUUAGCUGAACAUCAACUUCAAGCUCAACUGCAAGAACAUCAUCUGAAAGGGCAUGGUCACCUUACAAUAUCAGACAUUGCCCGAAAGGCUUUUCUCCAGAGUCAUUUUAUGGAAGGUCAUGCCAAAAGUGCCCCAAUAUCUCGGCUGCCUCUCAUUACUGUUGUAGAUGCCAAGCAUCAUCUGAAGGACGCUCCUGUAUGUCAGCCGUUUCACCUGGAGCUAAAUUUCUUCAAUAAAGAGAAUCGGGUUCUUCAUUAUCCUGUCAGGGCCUUUAUUGUGGAUGGCAUACACCUUAUGGCAUAUAACAUCUGUUCUGGAGCAGAUAGUAUCUACAAGAAACUUUAUACAACGGUUCCCGGAAAUGUGGAAUACCAUCCAAAGUACUUGAGCUACAGUAAAAAGCAGAGCCUAUUUCUUGUUGUCUAUGAAUUUAGUGGUGCUACAAAUGAAGUGGUGCUUUAUUUUGAAAAUACCGAUUCUCAGGCAGCAAACAGUAAAUGUAGUACAGUAAAAGGUCGAGAUGCAGCAUUUAUUGGACCCAAUGAAAAUCAGUUUGCAGUUCUUGAUGAUGAUAAGACUGGACUGGUUUUAUAUAUUCUGCCUAAAAAGGCUUCUCCUGAAGCAAAUGAAAAGAUUCUACUGUCUGAAGAGAGCCAACCUGUGGAUACUGAUGUUGGUCCCAAGGGUCCAAUGCAAUUUAUGUUUGAAAGUGAGGUUGAUCGAAUCUUUUCCACUCCUAUAGAGUCAACAUUGAUGUUUGCUUCUCAUGGGAGUCAGAUUGGCUUGGCAAAGCUGGUUCAAGGAUACCGCCUUUCUAAUGCUGAUGGUCAUUACAUAGCAACAAAAAGUGAAGGAAAAAAGUCAAUUAAGUUGAAACUAAAUGAGAUUGUACUUCAGUGCCAAUCUGCCCCUUCAAAGCUCCAGCUGUUGAAAUUUGACAGAUCACUUUUAUGGGUUGGGCCUGCACUUCUCUUUUCUACUACUACUGCAAUUAGCGUGCUUGGCUGGGAUGGGAAAGUAAGGACUAUUCUUUCCAUCAGUAUGCCUUAUGCAGUUUUGGUUGGUGCGCUGAAUGAUCGGUUGUUGCUUGCUAACCCAACAGAAAUAAAUCCCAGACAAAAGAAGGCAGUUGAGAUUAAGAGCUGUCUUGUUGGGCUCCUUGAACCUCUUCUUAUUGGAUUUGCCACAAUGCAAGAGAGAUUUGAGCAGAAGCUUGACCUUCCAGAGAUAUUGUAUCAAAUAACAUCAAGGUUUGACAGCCUGCGUAUCACUCCAAGGUCUCUAGAUAUUCUUGCUAGAGGCUCUCCUGUUUGUGGAGAUCUUUCUGUGUCACUAUCUCAAGCAGGACCACAGUUCACUCAGGUGUUGAGGGGUGCCUAUGCUAUCAAAGCUCUGCGUUUCUCUACUGCUUUAUCUGUCUUAAAAGAUGAAUUUCUGCGCUCUAGAGAUUAUCCAAGAUGUCCUCCAACCUCUCAUUUGUUCCACCGGUUCCGCCAACUGGGUUAUGCAUGUAUCAAGUUUGGUCAGUUUGAUAGUGCAAAAGAAACCUUUGAAGUUAUAGCGGAUUAUGAAAGUAUGCUCGACCUCUUUAUAUGCCACCUUAACCCCAGUGCCAUGCGCCGCCUUGCUCAAAAAUUGGAAGAAGAUGGCACUGAUUCAGAACUAAGACGAUACUGUGAAAGGAUUUUAAGGGUCCGCUCUACUGGAUGGACUCAAGGAAUUUUUGCUAACUUUGCUGCUGAGAGUAUGGUUCCUAAAGGUCCUGAAUGGGGUGGUGGGAACUGGGAAAUCAAAACCCCAACAAACAUGAAGGCUAUACCUCAGUGGGAACUGGCUGCAGAGGUGAUGCCAUACAUGAAGACUGAUGAUGGCACCAUCCCAUCCAUUAUAGCUGAUCAUAUUGGUGUUUACUUGGGUUCAAUCAAGGGAAGAGGUAACAUCGUAGAAGUAAGGGAAGAUAGCUUGGUCAAAUCUUUUACACCCGCAGGUGGUAGCAAUAAGCCUAACGGUCCUCAGUUGUCUUCAGUUAAAUCCACAUCUAAUAUGUCCAAGGGAGUUCCUGGUGGUGAUUCAUUGAUGGGUCUGGAAACACUUAACAAACAGUUUGCCAGUUCCACUGCAGCAGAUGAACAGGCUAAAGCUGAAGAAGAAUUCAAGAAAACAAUGUAUGGUGCAGCUGAUGGUAGCAGCAGUGAUGAAGAGGGAACUUCAAAAGCUAAAAAGUUGCACAUUAGAAUAAGAGACAAGCCAAUUGCUUCUACUGCAGUGGAUGUGAAUAAAAUCAAAGAAGCCACGAAGCAGCUCAAACUUGGUGAAGGGUUGGGUCCACCGAUGACCAGGACCAAGUCAUUGACUAUUGGAUCCCAGGACCUUAGCCAGAUGUUAUCCCAACCGCCUCCUCCAGCUAACAGUGGAUCAAUGGCUCCUCGUGUAGGCUCCGCCCCUGGUGAUUUGUUUGGUAUGGACUCGUUUACACAACCUGCAACUGUAUCACAGCAAGCUCCUAUCACAACUGGUAAGGGAGUUGCAACUGGACCUAUUCCAGAGGACUUUUUCCAGAAUACCAUACCAUCCCUCCAAGUUGCAGCCGCACUGCCCCCUCCUGGGACCUAUCUUUCAAAAUUGGAUCAAGCUUCUCAAGGGGUUGAAAGCAACAAGGAAACUCUUAACCAGGUCAAUGCAUCCAAUGCCAAUGUUGGUCUUCCUGAUAGCGGUAUUCCACCUCAAGCUAGUCAACAGGCUGCGGUUCCACUCGAGUCGUAUGGACUUCCUGAUGGUGGUGUCCCACCAUCCUCAAGCCAGGUUGCUGUGCAGCAACAGUCUCAGGUUCAAUCAACUCAGUUCCCAGUUUCCACGCAACCUCUAGAUCUCAGUGCCCUUGGGGUUCCAAAUACUGCAGAUUCUGGAAAGCCUGCUGUGCAACCUCCUUCUCCACCAUCUUCUGUGCGUCCUGGACAGGUACCCCGUGGGGCUGCUGCUUCUGUAUGUUUUAAGACUGGAGUUGCUCACCUUGAGCAGAAUCAACUUUCAGAUGCGUUGUCUUGCUUUGAUGAAGCUUUUCUUGCACUGGCUAAGGAUCACUCUCGUGGAGCUGAUAUUAAAGCGCAAGGGACCAUCUGUGCUCAAUACAAGAUAGCAGUUACUCUUCUUGGGGAAAUUGGGCGGCUGCAAAGAGUUCAAGGUCCUAGUGCAAUCAGUGCAAAAGAUGAGAUGGCAAGACUCUCACGCCACCUGGGUUCUUUGCCUCUUCUGGCAAAACACAGGAUAAAUUGUAUCCGAACUGCGAUUAAGCGGAACAUGGAGGUCCAGAAUUAUGCUUAUUCAAAGCAGAUGCUUGAACUCCUGCUGUCCAAAGCACCUCCAAGUAAGCAGGAUGAGUUGAGGAGCUUGGUUGAUAUGUGUGUUCAAAGGGGUCUCUCCAACAAGUCCAUUGAUCCACUUGAAGAUCCUUCCCAGUUCUGUGCCGCCACACUUAGUCGUCUGUCAACGAUUGGAUAUGAUGUCUGUGAUCUUUGCGGGGCCAAAUUUUCUGCUCUCGCAACGCCGGGUUGCAUUAUAUGUGGGAUGGGAAGCAUAAAGAGAUCAGAUGCACUCACAGGGCCAGGGCCUGUUCCUUCCCCAUUUGGUUGA